AUGGAUACAGAAAAGUCUGAAGAUUAUAAACUAUCAUUUCAAGAUAUAAAUAUUUUUAUCAAUAAGACACAGAUAUUACAUAAUGUAUGUGGAGUCGUACACAGUAAAGAAGUACUGGCUGUCAUGGGACCAAGUGGUUCUGGUAAAACAACAAUGCUUAAUGCUAUAGCUGGUCGUGAAGCUGUAAAAUCAGGAGAAAUAACAAUAAAUGAUCAACGGAUCAACAAACAGUUAAGAAGAAAAAUAGGAUAUGUUUUACAACAAGAUUUAUUCUAUUCUAACCUUACUCUAUGGGAGACAUUAUACUUUACAGCUAUGUUACAUAUACCAGAAAAAGUUCCUAAACCUGACAAACUUCGACGUAUUGAUGCGAUUAUUGAAACUUUAGAUUUAGAAAAAUGUCGAAAAACACUUAUUGGUUCUCCGUUUACACAUGGUUUAUCUGGUGGUGAGAAGAAAAGAUUAAGUAUUGCAUGUGAACUUUUGACCAAUCCAGAUAUCAUGUUACUAGAUGAACCAACAUCAGGAUUAGAUUCUAGUACAGCGUAUAGUUUAAUGGUACAAGUAAAACGUUACGCAGAGAUGUAUAAUAAAGCUGUUAUUGUCACCAUACAUCAACCUUCAAGUCAGAUAUUUCACAUGUUUAAUACUCUAUUACUGUUAGCGGAUGGGCAUGUUGCAUUUUUUGGGAAAGCAGACAGUGCUUUAACAUUUUUUGAAGAAUUUAAUUUUGUAUGUGAACCACACUUUAAUCCAGCCGAUUUUCUUUUAGAACUGGUGAAGAAAGAUGAAGCAACCAAAGAAAUAAUCUUAGAAUACUGGAAAGCCAAGAGUAGUUCCAACAAUAAGGAAUUGAGCAACUCUAAUAACUCUGAUUCUCUGGACAAUUUGGAACCAGUUCAUGGGCCUUCUAGUAUCAACGUACAGCAUAACAAAAUAUUAGAUCCGGAUCAAAAUAAAGACAUCGAUAAGUUCAGCAAUGGUAAUCAUCUGUCAGAUGUUCGAUGGCAAAGUUCUUUCUGGACUCAGUUAAAGAUGCUGACUUGGAGAAAUUUUAAAGAAUCGAGGAGCAGAAUUUUAUCUAAAUAUGUUAUAGGAAGUAGCAUGUUUUUAGCGAUUACUACGGCAUUAAUAUGGUUUCAAAUGGAACGUUCAUACAAGACAAUAGGAGACAGGAUGGGAUGGAUAUUUAUUAUACUUGCUCGGUGGGGCUUUGUACCAAUGUUGGAUGCUAUUUUUAGCUUUCCUCUGGAGAAUACAAUAUUACUGAAAGAAAGAGCUGCUGGUUCCUAUAGAUUAUCAGCUUAUUAUCUAGCUAAAACAAUCAGUGAAAUACCAUUAACUGCUUUCGUGCCAUUGGCAUUUGUAACCAUUACAUAUUGGGCAGCUGGUAUGAAAGGAGUUGUAGAAUAUAUUGGUACUAUGCUGUUAAUCUCAAUGUCUUCCAUCAAUGCGCAGGGAUUUGGUUUUGUACUAGGAGCUAGUAUGUCGAAUUUUGAAAUGGCUUUAACAUAUUCAAAUGCCUUUAUGAUGAUUUCUAUCCUAUUUAGUGGGUUUUACAUUCAGAGGUUUCCACCCUGGCUGGUUUGGUCAAGGUAUCUCUCUCUGCUCCAUUAUCCAUUUGCUGCUGUCAGUAUAUUAGAAUUUGCUGACACCCCUCAAAUUCCCUGUGCUAAUGUCACUGUUACACAAUUUCCACAAUGUGGUAAAAAUGAUACAGAUUUUGUUACAGCAAAGAUGAUAUUGGAGGACGUCCAAGUGACAUUACCUAUAUAUUGUUAUAUUUGUACAUUGAUUAUAAUGACCAUACUAGUGAGAAUUCUGGGUUAUUUCGUGUUGAGGUUAAAAACCAGACAAAAACAUCUUUCAUAACAAGCUAUAAUGAAAAGGUUUGAGCGAAGCACUAUAUGAUAUACAUGGUGAUUACAUUAAUCUUGAUAUCGUUUAUCACCUAAAAUGGAAGUUAUUUUAUACUCCACACUGUGUUAAUGUAAACUAAUGUGUUUUAUGAGAUAUUGAUUGGAUGGAUCUCCAGUUAAUAUAAAUAGUUCUAAUUAUGUCAAGAUGUACUAAUUAUUGUAUCAUAAAUUCGCCCAUCCUUUACUCUUAACUGUUAACUAAUUCACAAAAACUGUCCCUAAUAAUUGAUAACCAAUCAUGUUACCUAAUUUGGGUGCCUGAGUCAAGAAGGCUUUGGGGUUUGUGAACUGUGAGCAAUCAGAUGCAUAUCAACCAAUGGGAAAAUCUCGUUCAAUUCUUGAUAUUAGAAGGCAGCAUAAUGCAUAAUGUAGACAAUGGUUUUGGCACGAAUUCAGAAAAGACAUACUUGAAUGGGAAUGAGACUUUUGUAAAUGGUCUCAUAUCUUUUAACUGCAGCUUUUCACUCAGUAGGCCCAAAUGUACACAUCAGGGCCCAGUUCCUAGAAAAUUCUUAAAGUAAGCACAAAGUCAUAUAUAAUAUAAUAUGGUUGAUUUAGAUGCAUUUGACAUGUCCCCUAUACACAUAUAAAAUGUGCCAAAAGAUAAAAACGCAGACACAUACAAACUAAAUGAAUAAUUGU